AUGAAUCAGUACAUCAUUCCUCUGCCCCACAAUGAUCCCACGCUCUUUUCACACGCAUCACACGCCUUCUCUCUGGUUGACUUGGGAAAACGAUUGCUGGAGGCUGCAAAAAAUGGUGAUGUCGAUGAGUUGAAGAGUUUAAUGAACAGCGGUGCCCCAUUCACAACGGAUUGGCUUGGUAUAUCGCCACUGCAUUUUGCAGCCAUGAACGGUCACUUUAGCUCUUGUGAAGCACUUCUUUGUGCCGGUAUCAGUCGUGAUGCACGCACCAAAGUGGAUCGAACACCUUUGCAUUUGGCGGCGCAAGAAGGUCAUGCAGAUAUCGUCGAGUUGUUGCUACGCAGUGGCGCCGACAUUGGAGCCAAAGAUAUGUUGCAAAUGACAGCAUUACACUGGGCAGCUGAACGUGGUCAUACUCCCGUGGUUCAAAUGCUGAUGCGUUUCGGUGCAGAUGCGCACGUGCAGAACAAGUUUGAAAUGACUCCCUUGGACAUAGCAGAUUUUAAGGGACAUUUCGAUGCCCGUGAUGCUAUGCUGAACACUCGGGACGAUAUGGUCUCGGUUGUGGGACAUAUAGACACCACCAGUGGAGAUUUGGUGGACACAAACGCCUACAUUUUGACGGAAGAGGAAACACUGGUUCCAGCCGCUCCGCCAGCCGGCGAAGUCAUUGUAACGGCAACCACAGUGGAUGAAACUACCGAUGAUGCACAGAACAACGGCAUUAUGGAUCGGUGCAAUCGUGCUCACGAGCACCCCUCCCCAACGAGAGACGCUGUUUCUCUUACAUCGACAUGGGAUCGGGGACCACAGUCACCUUCCCUGCAUUGUGUAGCUGUGCCGGGCCUCGGAUCUCCCGCUGAUAAGAUGCUCCCUGAGCAUUGUGUGGAUUUCCAACUUCGCACAAAUCAUGAAUCAACCACAGCGAUGCCACAUGUGGACCCUAAUGUCAUUCCAUCAGACGAGAUCGUUCCUCAGUGUGAUAAUGACGACUUCGGACCAGUUAUAAUGCUGAUACGAACUCCAAACGGCGAGACACUUCAUGUGCGACAGAUGGAUGACGCUUUCUAUCCAGAGAACUUGGCUAUUUUUACCAUUGCUGGCGAACGUGUGCACAGUUCACAUCUCAUGGCACAAGUCAUCGAGUCGUUAUCAGAUUUGCCCAGGGACGAUGGCUCAGAAAGUCCGCAUGCCGACCCGGCGAUCACGUCUUCCGAUCAUGCCGAUGUAGCUUCCUCUGGGGUUACUGAAACACAGAACUCCACUAAAUCGGGGCGCUCGGUUUCACCAAAUGAUGAAACAACUGCUGAUUUGGUCAACACAUCUCACCCACAGUUUGUGGGUCGGGCUAACGGUCUUGAAGAGGAAUUUGCUGAGGAGGAUACCAGUACUUUGCUUGUUCAGUUGGCCAGUUUCAUUGAAGCAGCAGAGUCCCGGAAUGAAUCGUUCUGUGUGAACGAUGUCGGACCCGGUGCUUCAGUGGAGGAGUUUUGUGACUGGUGCUUAUGCAACGGGAUAUUUGUUCAGAGUUUAGACACAGGUUCCAACUUCGUAGUAAACUUCAUUCACGAUCGAAAAGCCUACUCACUGAAUGUUUCUUACGAUCCAGAAUCCGGAUCGACUCGGUUUUCUCUUCCACGCGACCGCAAAUCCUCUUGUGAAUGA